AUGAAGGAGGCUGCCCAAGCUUUCUCGCGUAUUCUCACCAACCAUAGCAUCGAGCAUGCCUUCAUUGGCGGGUUUGCCUUGAAUGUACUAGGCAGCGACAGCGAGACUGUAGAUAUCGACGUUGAGGUCGCCAUGGACCACGUCAAGCCGAAUGAGGUCCGACCUCGUCUUCUCCAGCUUCUUCGUGCAGAUCAGCGGUUUAUCAUUUCGAACCUCAAGCUCUUUUUUGUUGACCAGUGGGACUUGCGAGUACCUAUCGAGACACUUGCUCGCGGUACCCUCGGCCUGCCUCGCCGAUUCUUGGUCCUUCGACCAGGAGAUAGAUCAAUUCCUAUCCUCCACCCUAGCGUUCUCAUUCUCACCAAGAUGAAGCGCUCAUGUCAGUACAUUGGCAGUACACGCCCUCAGUCUGUGGUCAAGUUCAGUUCUGACGUCCGCGAUAUCGCCUACCUACUCCAAUGGCUCCAAGACCAUGGAAUGAAAAUCGACUUCAUCAACUAUGACGCGGUCUCGCCCGAGAGACUUUACGAUUCUGUGCGAAAGAUGCGUGCUCAUUGGAGUUCUAAGGGCGAAAUUACCACCGUCCAGAUGCUGGAUGAUGUCCUCGAGGAGAGCGACAAGGCUACUAUCAUGAACUAA